AUGAGACUUCUGAGUGUGCUGCGAAGUGUGUGUAAGUCGACAGCACAGACGCAGUCCUGUGCACAUCUGAAUGAGCCUUCGGAUGCGAAUGACGCAGACUCUGUGCAGCGACAGUGCCAUCAACUGCUACACCCAUUUACACGUCUUCGUGCGCUCUCGUACUCGCCGUCGAAGGUGGAAGCUAACUCACGAGACACAAAAACGAGACGCAACUCAGACG